GUGCUGUCAAACGCAACUGUCAAGUUGGAGGACUUUGCUUGCGCUGAAGUAGCUCAUCAUUUUUUAAUCGUCUUCUUUCCAAAUUAAACUAUCCCCGGCGAGUGGAAGGAAAGCGAAGCGCUUUUUUUUUGCUUCAACUACUGACGCAAACGCGUACGUACUACAGAACUUCAUGUGAUGGUGUUCUCGGGGCGACCCUAUAGCUGUAGAGAAAAACAAAUACGGUUCUUUCUCUCUUUGUGCUGCUCGUAAUAUCUGUUCCACACUGUAUUUCCUCAAUGCUGCAGUUACUUGUGAAGGUGUUAUCUUUGAGCGGACUCAGGAAAGACUGGCCGCUCUUCAGCGAAGACGAGGUUCGAGUACACAACUCGCGGCGGUCUUUGUGGAUUGUAUCGGGUAACUCAGUGUACGACGUCACCGCAGUGCUCACCACGCACCCUGGGGGCGAGGCCGCAAUACUACGCCGGGGUGGCGGGGCAAAGGAUUGCAACGCAGACUACGCGUUCCACAGCUUUUACGCCCGUCGUGAAUGGGAUGCACGCAAGGUGGGGGAGGUCACGCCCGAAGCUGCCGCAAAGCUGUUUCCUUCCAGGCAAGGGGAGCUGUCCACUGAAGGGCGUGCACAGGAAUUUCACCAGGGAUCUGCCUCCACGGUCGCCGCCAUCUCACACACGCGCGUCGCUUUCCACGAGGAGAGCCACACACGCACUGUGGACACAUAUGCGAGUACCACCGUGACACCAGACCAGGCAUACAGACGAGCGGAGUAUGAACUUUGUCUUCAGCAAGUUCACUGA